AUGGACACGAGCAACUGCGACGACUUUGAAGUGUUAUCUCGGGUAUGUGCUGAGUUCUACAAUGUGUUUCACACCUUCAAUGCUAAAUAUUUCUCUCAGGAAGAGCACUACACACAGAACCCUGAUACCGUCCAGUGGCAGACGCAGUUCCAUGAUACCUACGGAGUAGACGAGUACUAUGGACAGGGUGGACAUUCUUCCUACGUACCAAAUACAAUGAUGAAUGAUCUAGCCACAUCAUCCCAUUUCGGCGACGGCGCUGAUCAGUACGAUGUGCCACACGAAUAUCUGCUCCAAGACCUGUCUGUCAUGGAUCAAGGAUCGCAGCGCCAGGCCUCUGGUUACCCUUUCGAAGGACCUGACGGCCGACAAGGUAUCGACGCUUCCGGCAUUGCGAUAUACAGCCCGCGCUUGGGUUCAAGGCUACCGUUCACGUUCGCUCACAUGUGGCCUGAGAUGACCAUUCUCUGGCCGUUGUAUGCUGCUCAGUCUGGAUUGGCACAACCUCCAGUGGAAAUGCAGUUUCGGAUGUUGAACGGAGAUAUCCUUUCCUAUUGGCUGCCGAGGCAGCAUGAGUUUGGUUCCUGGGACGAGAACGACGUUGAUGCAUUCAUCACUCUUUUCGAGAGCAUGGGCAUUAGCAUCGAUUGGAAUACCCUUGACUUGUAUCACACCACCACCAAGUACUUCGAAUCGGUGCAGAAGGGACCGUGUGUUCAACAUACUUCGACUCGCGAAUCUACAUCUUCUUCCUCUCGACAGAAUUCCGAAAAUAUGGAGUCCUCGUUACUAGAAGAAACCAGUGGAGGUCUGCAAAGCCAACAGAGCCAAGAAGUGGUCGAUCCACAGGUGUCUGUUGACAACAAAGAGGGAGUCGCUCCCACUCAUCGGCAAGACAGUGUGAACGCCGAGCAGCUUGAGGCAGCACAGCAGGUCGGUAACAACACUCAAAACUCUGAGGCGGGUGUUGCAUUGGAAGAAGAUCAACACAAAAAAGAUAUUGGUGACGCUGAGCCAGUGAACGGCGUGGCCGAAUCAGGGCGUAAGGAGACGUUGCUCACCGCAGAACUGGCAGCAGAGCUCCACGAUCUCGUGGAUGUCUAUGACACCGUAGAGGCACGAGAGAAGUUCUUGGAGCGCCACGACCUGACAUGGUAUCCGCCACAAGAUGACAACACUGUCCCUAACAGCGAUGAUGAAGUCAAGGUCUACGUCAGACAGCUACUUUUUGCGAUGACGAGCACGAAAGACGCGCAGGACUCCGAGAGGAGUAACUCCUUCGCGUCCCGCUGGCUUCCAUGCAAGUCCGGGGAACCUUACUACAACAAGACCGAAAUGGUCUUGCAGUGUUGGAAACUCGUGACUAUGGCCAUCAAUCUUCACAGGAAGGGCCCUUCCACACUGAAUUGCUUUGACCACAACUAUGCUAAGCAAUUUAAAGCGACAAAAGACUGGACUUUCGCAAUGCGGAUUAAUAAUAUCGCGGACCUUCUCGCAACCCGCAAGAGUCGUUGUGAUUUAGUGAUGAGAGGCGAAAGUCUCGAUGGUUUCGUCGGAGCGCCAGGUAAGAUGGCCAACCGUUCUAUUCAGAACAACGUGAGCAACGGCCGCAAGGCAAAGGCGAUCAUGCGCGGUAUGCCGCUGCUCAAGACUGAAGAGAAGAGGGCGGUGUCACAGAGCACCAGUGGGACGCUCGCAGCGACUUCUGCUUCGUCAAGUACUGGCAGCAUUAAUCCUACGAGCACAGAUGGCCAGGUUCAAUCAUCAGGAGGCGUAGCAAAAGCACAGAAUACUGGAAAGACUAAGCAGACUACGAAGGGCAAAGCUGUCAGCAGCCAACAAGCGUCGACACCAACUGCUAUCUCCCCUGACGCGUCAUCACAGCAAGAUGACAUCUCAUCGCAGCAGCCUGAUUCAUCAUCGCAGAAGACUGCUACUCCAUCCACCCCGCUGCCAGUUCCAGGCAUAAAGCGGAAGCGAACGACAUCUGCGGACCUCACAGCGAGCGGACCUCAAACAAAGCGCACGAAGAUGUUACCUUCAAAGUUGAAACGCGCGAAGCUACCGAUAGAACAAAGUGGCCACAUAACUGCCACUCCCACCGCACCCGCCUCUCACGAGUUCUCACUCAUCGCUCAAGGUUCUGAAUCUGCCUUCCAAGGCUACACACCGGCAAAGCAACCUUCCGCAUGCUCACCUCCAGCGACAUUUAUGGAUACUCAGCUUCUGGCUCCGACCAUGCACUCUCCUGCCCCCUUCUCGUCGUCUUCACACAAGCGCCCUGCAGAAGACGUCUUUGAGAACACCAGGUCUUCAAAGCGUAUCCGAGCCCAAGUUGGAGGACAGGAGACCCAAUCGGAAGUCCAAGAGCAGACUCGAUCCGAAUCUCCAAAGAAAGUUCCUACUACAAGUAGAGUGACGAGGUCCAAACCCUAA